UUGCAAAUGUCGCGGUUUGAGAUUUCGAGAAUGAAUACGAAGAUGGAGCGAUUUCACUCUGGCGCACAUCUGCUACAUGGAAUUGAUGCGCUUGACUGCCAUGGUAUUUGACCAUGUGAAAAAGUCAUCAACUUUUUGGUAUUCAGAUUAGGCUAACAACGAAGUUGUAGCGUGCUGUUUAGCAGACGGGAAAAUCAGGGGUUACGUACCGUUCAACCAAUAUUAGUCGGCGUAGCCCCAAUCCAAAAUUAGAUAGGUCUAUCUCGCCAGGUAAAGCGGAACACGCUCUGUAGUAGAGUAGGUAAACUGAUGAAAUUGAUAUAUAAAAUGUCAAAUUUUAAGGGAUCCUCACACUGCAUAAACACGUGAAUAUGUAAUACUGAACUACUGUCAUAGUGUUCUGAUCGUCAAAGUGGAUUUUUCGUGCCAUACCAUGCUGAUCUAAGACUUCCUACACUGGACAGUGAACAUGAGUGUGUGUCAGUGUGAAAAUCUGAACUAUCUUCUCGGAUUCGAUGUACUGCAGUAUUCACAGCCGUUCGAGACAGACGAUAAGUAUGUAAAGUUUGUGAACUUCGACUUCGAGCCCAAAUACCGUACGAAACGAUUCUUGAUUUUUGCGGGUACCUUGCUUCCGGUGGGAGAAGACGAUGGCUGUAACAGGGAUGUAGUGGUGAAAGUUCGCAGAGAACGACCGGCUGCAGACGACUACUGGGGGUUCUACUUCGCUAGAUCGGGUCUGUCCCGGAAUGUCUUGGCUCGCUUUGACCGUGUAGUAGACGAGGAUCUAGAACUAGACAUUGAGUUUGUGAACGAAUAUGAGGCCAAGUUUUCUGGGUACAGUAAAUGGAAUGAAUUUAUGAUGCAGUUUAAGGAUUAUAACCACAGGACGAUGACCGCUGGUGAACACCUCGUGGUGGAACCAUACUUACACGGACAAUUUCAAAACUUUGACAGACACCCUGAUGCCAUCAUGGACUCUUUGUCUCAUUUCUCUUUCCAUGUCAGUAAAGGUCAGUACUUACUACACGGACUGAAAGGUGUGAGAUUGGACGCGAGUUACCGACUCACUGUGCCUCUUAUUCAUUCUAUAAAUAAGGAUUUUGGCCCAAGGGACAAAGGAAUGGAGGGGAUAAAGAAAUUCUUUAUAAACCACAGUUGUACGGACAUUUGUCAUGGAUGGUCAAAGCCUGAACUGACGGAUCUCAAUAUGAAUACGAAAGAACUUGACAUCCCCCAUAAACACGACAAUAAUUACCCCAAUCAUAAGGACAAAAGGAUGAAAACCUACAAUAAAAAGAGUGUCGCGGACGAGGGCAUUUAUAAUUCUAUCUCAGAUCCGGAAAACGAGGAAGAGGAUCAAGGAAAGAAUGACAACGAGGAAUCGAACAACAAAGAACCACAAUGUGAACACUAUCAUUAUGCAAAAGUCAUAAAGAAACCAAACGAGGCAAGUUUGGUGGAAGUCGAUCUGUCUGAGAAUCUCGAAAUGACGUCCGAAAAUGCAAGUGUGUAUGGGGGGUCCCAAGAUACGGGAUAUUCCUCCAUCCGGGAACUAAAAGACUUUGAGAAAGAUCAUCAUGGGGAAGACUACGGUAAUGAUGAUCCAUGUGUGAACGACCCUGACGAAACCGCUGUGAUUGGUUUGGGACACCAUAACCUGUACAACAACGAGAAAUUCCGCGUAAUGUACAACUCAGGCUUUGUAGAUAUACAUCAACACCCCGAAGCUUUCAACCGCGAGUAUGAAAACGACAAGGUUGUCACCACCGCUAUCAUUCACCAUGAGCACAGAGAGAGAGGGCCCAAAGGUAUCGCCCCGGAUGUAAAAGAUCGCGAAGAUGUGUACGAUACAAUAGAAUCCGUGGACCAGGUACAGCGAGGUGUGAACAAUCCGACUAAACAAAGUACCGUAGUGUAACACACGACCAGUCUUACAUAAGUUCAUUUAGAUCAUGGUGUACUUUCAUUAUAUCUACUUUACCGCGAUGUUUUACAGGUGUGUCGACUGACAGUCAGUGAACGAAUAAAAUCCACACGCACCUGUUAACUUAUAUCCGUGCGUUUUAAUCUGAAGCAUCUUAAUUUAUUUACACCUGUGGUAAUAUACCCCACUACAAACUAUGUUUGAUCUCGAAAUUAUUAUAGGGCAUCUUCGAUAGAAAUCAUUGCUGGAGGACAGCCUAUAAAUAGAAGGCGACCCAUUUAACUGCGGUCAUUCCCGUCAAUUAAUACAUGAUCACUGUGUAUCUGUUUCUAAUUAAAGAGCAAUAAAAACUCGGAGUUACUUA